UGUCAAUGACGGGAAAGGCAAAACUGAAUUGUAACAAAAAUUAGUAUUAUAACUUCAGGCGUUUUAUUUUAUGUGACAGUUUAUUUAGAUAUUUAAUCAAUGAGACAUGGUCAUAGACAGAGUGCAGCACAUUUUGAUGUUAUAACAGUGUCAGUGUAAUUACAGACAGUGUAAUGUGUGUUUUCCGGGGCUUGUGGAAAGCUUCAGCUGUGGUUUUUCGUUGGAAACCUCUAUAGAUUUCAUGAGAGAAGAGCAGUUAAAAUGAAGGCUGCUGCAUUGCUUUGAAGUAGUUUCUGACCUCUACCCUUUAUAAAGGGGGGAUAAAGCAGUGUCCAGACCAAAAAGUGAAUAUUUGAACAUCUGGAUUUAUGACUCAAAGCUGAAACCUCUGGGUGGACUUUUUCCAAGAUUACUGAAUCACUCGUUUCUGCUGUGGAUCAAAUAAAGGCACUUUGGACACCGCCUUCAAAGUGUUUUGGCUGGUUUUGGUAAUUUAGUUUUACUUUCAUGUGUGAGGUGGUUUCCGAGGGCUGCAAGAAAGCUGAGGCUUCAAAAAGACGCAAGUGUUCCCAGUGGUCUUUUAAAUAUUGUUAUGCAGUUUUAGACAAAAUCAAAAAAUCCUGAGUUGCUUUCUAGGACAUAGUUUCUGCAGAGUGGUAGUACAAAUUUGCCUCUGAGUUGUGGGUGGCAUCACUGGCGCGGUGAAAGCCUGACCUCAUUUUCCAUGGUCUCUUUGUUUAGAUGCUCUCCCAUUAGCUUACAGCAACUCACAACCCCAAUGUAACAUUAUUGGUGCAACAAAAAGGACGAGCAAUAUCGGAGCUAUCCAGCUGUUCAGUUUUGAGCCGGAUGCCAGCUCGGACAAGGACAAAUUUUUAUACAUCUGCAGAACUGUUUGCAAUGAAAAGACUGGGAGCAAACGUUUUUAGAGAUAUAAAAGACAUAAUUGUUUGAUCCUACUGAAAAAAAACAUGUUUUCCUUCUUACAAAAACCGCAGUUAUAGGUAUUCUUAAAGAAAAGUAGGUCUUGAAGGAGCAGAACAGGAACAGAAAAGACUGAGCAAUCUUACAAAUUAUAAAAAAGCGAUUUUGUCAUGGUGCCUCUGGCAGUCCCUCCUCCCCCUCCCCUCUCUGCUCUACCUUCCUGAUUGGACCCAGCUGUGGACGCUCACCUCAUCAUCUUCCUGCCUUCAUAAGGAGAUCCAGUUCCAGCAUUCAUUGCCAGUUCAUUACCCAUAAUGGUGCUUAUGUGACAGACAGGGCUGUGGGUGGUAGUUUGUCCCUCAUGGUGUUCCAUAGAUGAACAUUCAUGGCCAGCACCUGUCUGUUGAGCUGUGAUUGGUUUACAAGGCUGAUAAAUAGCAGCAGUGGGAGUUCCAUCUAGGUGCUGGUUUCCUGGUUUGGCCUUGGUGGGUGAGCUUGACAUGUGGACCUUUUUUACUAAAGCUUUUAAUCAUUUGAGUUCUUUUAAAGUUUUUAAGCAUUUGAGUUUGCAAGAUUUUAAACUCUAUUCAUAUUAACAGGUGGUGGCAUGAGUUCUGACCCUGGGGCAUGAGAGGUAAAAUAAGGGUUUGCAAAACAUGUGUUUGUCCCAGGGGAGAACUAACUUAUUUUUCUUUUUCCAGCAGAGUUGCCACUGCUGUUUUGCUUAGUGUUUUUAGUUAUUGUUUUAAUCAAGCUUGACACCCUUGCUUUUAUCCAUUUUAAACUGUUUUGUGCUCAUUUUUAGUAUCUUGGUGUCUGGACCUGGCUGAAGGUGGCUGCCUCCUCCUUUUAUCCUUAUGGUAGCUGGUGGGUGCCAUAUUUAGUAUUGUGUACUCCUGGUGAGAGUUGGAUCAGAGAUCUCCCUUGGUGGUGUUUGUGGCUACCCGCCAGUGCAGUGGGGCUGAGGCGAUCCAGGAGGCAGCCGCCCUCAUGCAGUGUUGGAGUGCGGUCCAACUGUCCGAGUCUAUUUUAACUUUCUCUUUUAUGGAAUUUGUGUCAAGUUUUUAAUAAAUUGUAUAUUCUUAACUUUUAUGAAAUCCAGUCUCCAUUUGGGGUGCACAUGUAAGAGGGCGUUCGGUCACAAAGUGGCGUUGUCGGCAGGAUCGGAUUCCUCUUCUGAAUUUAAGACUUGGAUCUGGAUUUUUGUUUUUUUUUAAAUGUCUUUUUAGUUUGUUUGUUUUAAAAGCAAAACAGCAGUGGGCACACCGUGGGACUUGAAUAACCAGGGUGCUACAUUGCCAGCCCAGCGCUUCAGAGAGACUCCACCUCAGCGAUGGCAGAUGAAGUGGAGCAGUUAAGAGACCAGGUUCGCCAGCUUCAGGAGGCCAAUGAUCGGCUGCUACAGCACCAAGCUUCAGCCGGCCCAGCUAAUCCCAGAGACUUUGUGGACCCACCAAGCCCGGCUUUGUUGGACAGAUUGAUGUACCUCCCCAGGGAGCGAAAGUGUCCAGUGUUCCGAGGGCGUGUGGGGGUGGGUAUCGAUGACUGGGUGGAGGAAGUUGAAGCUUGUGUACGUGCUAGACGCCUAGGUGCUCUUGAGAAAGCAUUUUUCAUCUUUGACCAUUUAGAGGGUGAGGCUAAAGAGGAGAUACGAUAUAGGCCGAGAUGUGAGAGGGAAGACCCAGAAAAGAUUAUCAAUAUUCUGAGGGAGCUGUAUGGGUGUUCAAGUUCUUAUGUAGCCUUGCAAGAGAAAUUUUUCUCCAGAACACAACAGGAGGGUGAAUCCCUCCAAGAGUAUUCUCCUGCCCUGCUCUCAGUCAUGGACAAGAUUAAGCAGACCUCCCCUGAGUCUGUGCCUCAAUCAGACAAACUCUUGCGCGACCAGUUUAUUGAACAUGUCCUGGAUCCAGACCUUUGUAGGGAGUUAAAAAGGCUGGUGCGUUUAACCCCGCAAAUGUCUAUGUGGGAGGCACGGACUACAGCAAUUCAGUGGGAACGUGAAGGUAGACCAGGGGAGGAUCGUCGUGGUGGCCUUUAUCCAGUCCCUUCUAUUUGUGCUAUGCAAGGUUCAAAUGUGAAGCCUGGCGCCCCUCCUCCCUCAGUUGGUGUCAUUGGCCCUGAACUGGUGGAGUUGCGUGCUCUAAUCUUAAAGCAACAGGAGCAGAUUAAUAAGCUGACUGAUGCUAUGGCUACAUUACAGAGAGCACCGCGGCAAACUCGGCCAAACCGUGCAGCCAUCAUUUGUAGGCGAUGCCAGCAAGUGGGUCAUUAUGCAAAAGAAUGUGAUAAUGAACGCGUUCGCACUCGGAGCCCUUCUACCCCAUCCCCCCAACAGGCGGAUAGUGGUCUUAAUUCCCAGGUUGUGGGAAACUAGUUCCCUCCAGCAUGCUGAGCCACACGUUGGAAGGGGACCUUACUGGCUCUAACAGUGAGAAUUCAGUUGACCCUAACUUGACCUCCCUUGUUGCACAUUGCCCUAAGGUAGCUGUUAGAGUGGGAGGGGUAAUUGUGAACUGUCUGUUAGACACAGGUUCAAUGGUGUCUACAAUGGUGGAGAGCUUCUUCUUGGAGCAUUUUAAGGAUGACCUUCAGCGCUGUCAUUGGUUGCACCUACGUGCGGCCAAUGGUUUGGACAUUCCCUACACAGGCUACGCAGAGUUCACGGUUGAGGUGCUGGGAAAAGUAAUUCCUCAGCGAGGGUGGCUAGUGGUCAAAGAUCCCCCAGGCCAGCCUCGUUCUGCGGUGCCUGGUGUUUUAGGGAUGAAUGUAAUCAAUCAGUGCUAUGAUGUGCUAUUUUGUCAGCAUGGGCCUUCUUUGUUUGAUCUCCCACCCCUAGUGCAUG